AUCAUUCUGGGAUAAAAAUGAGUAACCCAUCAGCAGGAACCCCUUCAAAAGCAAAAGCUGGGUCAUCACAGCCUUCAGAAGCUUCUUUCAAGCGCAAAAGAGGAGUUUUUCAAAAAGAUUUGCAACAUAUGAUGUAUGGCUUUGGAGAUGAUGCCAAUCCAUUUCCAGAGACUGUGACCCUUGUGGAAGACAUUGUCGUGGAAUACGUAACAGAUCUGGCACAUAAAGCACAAGAUAUUGGAUCAAAGAGAGGAAAGCUAUCUGUUGAAGAUUUUCUGUAUCUAAUUCGCAAGGACACACCAAAACUAAAUCGUUGUACGGAAUUGCUGUCGAUGCAAGAGGAAUUGAAGCAGGCUAGGAAGGCAUUUGAGGUUGAUGAAGAGAAGCUGGCAACAUUAGAGUAGCCUAUUGGUCUUUUAUUUGUAUAGGUCAAGACUAGUGCAUUAAGCAUUGCAAACAAACGAAUGUAAUGAUUUUU